AUGGCCUGGGACUCGAAAUCCUCCUCGAGGCGUCUUCAGAACAGCAGCGCUACUUCCAGGCCACAACCACAACCACAACCACCACCACCACUCAUCACCUUUGAGCCCAAAUCCGCUCACGUCUCCGACGCAGCCUUGCAGCCCUUCCUGGACCCUUCCUUCGACCCUGCAGGCUACCUCAACGCCACUCUCCCUGCUCUUCAAAGCGCCGCCAGUGCCUCACAAUCCGCAAGAGGAGGCAGCGUGCCGCUCGCUGAACUCUCCACCCAAACACAGACCCUGCUCUCGCAUCUCAGCGCGCAUACCACCAGGCUGACGACAACUAUGACCCAACUCACCGACGAGAUCCUACGGAGUGGCAGUCGCCUGGCAUACGAGGUUGAGGUGUUACGGGGAGAGACAUUGAGCUUGUCCGAGGCCUUGACGGAGGGCUUGCAGGAGGAUGUGGUCAAGUUCGUGCCCACUGGCUUGGACCAGGAACUUGUAAGGAAAACGACGGUGCCCAAGACGCCAGUACGAGAAGAAGAACCAGCUACCGUCGAUCCCCCAUACAUCCAGAAGCUGCGGACCUUGACAUUGGUACGGUCACGCCUAGAGACUGUGAUAAAGACGUUUGGAGACGCUAUGGCCUGGACGUUUCCGCCCUCAGAAGUCUCGGUCACCUCUUCCUUCCUCUCGGUUUCCGCACCAGAGCCUGGCUCGGAGAUGCAUAGUACCGAGGAGAAAGGACAGCAGGUAUCAAAGAAGCUACGAGACGAGAUAGCAGAUCUGUUGAUAGGAGCUGAUCCUGUGGAUGGCAUCGAAGCCGCUGCCAAGAGGGUGGAAGAGCUUAAGGAGCUGGCUGUGGUAUGGAAAGGAACCGCGGAAGAGAGGGCGAGGACCAAGUUUGUGGACAAUCUGGCCAAGAUGGUCGAAGAUAGACAUCGAGAUCUACUAAGGGAAGCAGAGCAAGAUACGCGGUUGCGGCAGAGGGUCGAGACGUUGGAAGAGGAGGCGAGCUCUGGAGAGAGCAAACCUCAGAAUGGGUAUGGAUUUCUCAGUCAAUUACAGAAGCUGAGAGGAUCUUCGUGA